CGAAGCUUUGCCCCAGAAUGACGUUAGUCCCUAUUUACAUGUUUGCAGAACCAUUGCGGACAGAGGGAUGUGGGCCGACUGUGCAACCGGAUUUUUGAAAGCUAUGAGUUCAUGUCAAUGGUUGGGGAAUUGGUUGCAGCAAGUAACCCGAACAAUGCUUACCCCGCCCUCCCUGCGUUGUGGAAAACAGGGCUUGCAGGGGAGGAAGGUCCUGAAGGCUUGCGCUUCAUGAAAGACUAAUAAAAAUAAACAGCUCCACAAUUUUUCGUGUCUCUGCAUCGAGUUCCCUUGGCCGUUGUAGAAAAAGCAGAAAGCAAUUGAAGACAAAUGAGAUUUGCUGCGGCUCCAAAUUUAAAAGUUUAUGAUUUGGGGGGUAAUUUGGGUGCCAAGAAAGACUAAACUAGCACCCAGUCGGUCCACUCACCGCCUUUGAACCUGGUGGCCGGCAGUAUGCAAAAAAUAACCAUCGCCAGCCGUUCGUGUCGCACCACCAGCUCGACGGCCAUCCCCUCCACGCCCGGCAUAUAGGAGUUUUUGAAUACCUUUUCCAAAAUGGUUCGUAAACUAAAGCAUCACGAAAAGAAACUCCUUCGCAAAGUCGAUCUCUACACCUACAAAUCCGAUAACAACCACCGCGAAACCGCCGUUCGCCAACGCUAUCACCUCCAAGGUCCCUUAGAUUAUAAGAAAUACAAUGCCCUCUGUGGCUCCCUGCGCCAACUGGCUCAUAAACUCUCCGCCAUAGACCCGGAGUCUUCCUUUCGCAAGGAUAUCGAGGCGCAGGUCCUAGAAAAGCUCUGGACGAUGGGAAUCCUAAAGCAAAAUCGAGAGCAGGGGGCAGGGCUGAGUAAGGUUGAGAGAGAAGUUACUGUGAGCUCGUUCGCGAGAAGGAGGUUAGGUGUUGUUAUGGCGAGGACGGGGAUGGUGGAGAACGUGUCCACGGCCGUCAAAUUCAUUGAGCAGGGGCAUGUGCGCGUUGGCACGGAAGUCGUCACCGAUCCUGCAUUCUUGGUCACGAGGAACAUGGAGGACUAUGUGACUUGGGUCGACUCGAGCAAGAUAAAACGGAAUAUCAUGAGCUAUCGGGAGAAACUGGACGACUUUGAUCUGUUAUGAUGACUUACGGUCUGCAUUGUUACGAGUGUAAUUUCUACGACCUAGCUGUGUUGAUAGGCUUCCAUCUGAAGCUUUCUUCCCUGGAUAUCGCCAUACAGGGACAGUGGGACGGAUUAGACCCGGUACACGGAAUUAUUGUUUAUUUUUGGGAUAGAUAAAUCUGAGCCUCGCUCGGUGGGCGUUUUGGGCGAAGCAUUGAGCUGGUUUGGGAUAUACCAUUUUAUGCAG